GAGAUAAGGAAACUCAAUAAAAAGAGUGAUUUUCCUUCCACCUAUAGCCUCAUCUCACGGAUCUUGCUCCAUUUUCUCUCUCUCUUUGUGUGCCUCUUCCAAUUUCUUAUAUUAUAAUAUUCUCCCAAAUACACAUCCUCUUCAUAGUAGUAUAUAAGACCAAGGGAUUAGAACUACCCAAUAGUCCAAUUCUCAUUCACUUGUCACCAAACUCAAAGCCUCAUCAAAUACUCAUUCAGUUAUGGCCUCAUGGAAGAAAACCAUCGCCACCCCAUUCAAAAAAGCUUGCACUUUCUUUAACCAGCAACCUCCAAGGGACCAUAAGAAGUCUCAAACAGCAGAACAAGAGAAUCGGAUUAUGGAUCUGCACGGUGAAGUCAUGGCAUGUGGCUAUGAAGAUGUUCAAGUUAUGUGGUCAAUCCUUGAUAAGUCAAAAUCUUCAGCCUGCAAUAUAACUUCUUCAUGACAUGAGCCUACUAUUUUCCCUCUUCUUUCAUCUACCAAGAAAAAAAAAAAAAAAAAAAAAAAAAAAAAAAAAAACAUAUAUAUUCACACGAAAAAGGGUUCUACUUAAGUAAUUGGCGUAUGUUUUUGUACGCUAAUGUUUUAAGUCGUGAUUGCAUCAUACUAGCUUGUUUUGGCUAAGUGAGUAGCUUUUGAAUCUGGUAUGCAUGUAAUUCUCAUUGUAGAAAAUUGAAAAGAGAUUGAUGUGUAGGUGUUUGAUAGGUUUGAAUCAGUGCCCCUUCUUGUUUGAUGAUGGUGGUGGCAAUUUCACUCUGUAAUUCUUGCAAGUCAAGGUGUUGUUAACAGGGAAUCCCCAUGAUUGAUGAGAGAAAAUCAUGGAGAGAUUUUUUUAUGAAAUGUACAUUGCUUUCUCUA